UUCGUGCACACUCACUACAAUCUAUUGCUACUCCCAACUUGGUACUGCUGUGCCUGCGCUGUUCAAGCAACCAUCACCUGCUCCACCCUGGAUCCCCAAGAUGUCGCAAGGAUCUUCACCUCAUAGCGCACCAAUCUGGCACUCGGAGGGCACGAAGAAUCUCCAGGUGUUGUCUUCGGGUAUUGACCACGGGGUGACUCAAAACCCGUUCGAGCGCAGAUGGAGUCCGUAUGACUUCAAUGGCGGCACGACCCUUGCCAUUGCAGGCGCCGACUACGUGGUUGUUGCGGCCGAUACCAGAAUGAGUACAGGAUACUCCAUCAUGUCGCGCGAUCAGACCAAGCUUCAUCAGCUUACCUCGAAGUGCGUGAUUGCCUCUGCUGGUUGCAAGACAGACGUGACAACUCUGUGGAAAGAGCUGGAUGUUAGCAUGACCAUGUAUGAUCACAACAUGGAAAAGGAGAUGGCGACCCCAGCAGUGGCUCAGAUGCUUGGCAAUACCCUUUACUACCGGCGAUUCUUCCCGUACUACUCUUUCAACGUCCUGUGCGGUCUGGAUGAACAGGGGAAGGGAUCUGUCUUUUCUUACGAUGCUAUUGGAUCGUUCGAACGAGUGCCGUACAGCGCGUCAGGCUCUGGCCAGACAUACAUAAUCCCACUCCUUGACAACUUGGUAGAAUUCAAAACACGAAAGGACGAGAAGCCUGCACGCUCAGCAGCUGAAACGGUGGAGUUGGUGAAAGAGCUGUUCGUCACCGCAGGCGAACGAGACAUCUACACGGGGGACGCGGUAGAGAUCACAAUCAUUUCAAAAGAUGGCACAUCGACACAGAUGUUUCCGCUGAAGAAAGAUUAGCUGUAUUGCAAUUUUGAACCGUGGUGCAGUCAGUGUAAAGUGGAUAUUGUGAUAUUCCUUAGCGGUAUAAGCUUGGAAUUAUCUUAAAGAGUGAGUCGUGGAGAAGCUGAGAGAUGACGACUGUCCAGUUACAUUCGAGAAAAUGGCCUGCUUGUGGCAACGCGCUCGCAUGCAGCAGUGCAUCAAAGGUCCAUUGGCGUCCGUCAUUGGAUAGCUUUGAACAUCCAAUGGCAGUUGGCGCGAUCUGCAACCCAGUGGUCUGAAACCUUCAGCACCACUGGUUCAAUUGCCAACAACUUCUUACGGUGUGAUACUGUGUGUGUUGUGACCCGUCUAGUGGGGGGUCACUUUGCCGGUCCUUGCGGUCUUGACGCACCAACCGGGUGAUGUUUUUCAGGCUUGAUAUUUAUUCCCGAUCUCGCGGGUCUUCCCAGUACACGCACACAUCGCUCGUUGGUGCAUCUAGAAGUUGCACCGGAAACAACGCGCCCGGCGUAGCAUGAAAUAGUACCCCGUGGGGAUAUUUGGUGAAGGCUUGACAUGCAGUCUCUUCGGGUCGAUAGCGCUCCCUCAUUCCGCUAUCUCUUGGGCGCGUGGUUGUGAAUGUGUGGGUGAGAGUUAUAACAGACCAGAGAGCCGUAUGCGCUCGGCUGAUCCCCAAGGCGUGGCCUUCCGCAGGGUGCAACGGACAAGACAAUGCCACCGAACCCUGGUGUUGAGAGGUAAAAAGUACAGUUGGUUUGCCUCGGUAUUGCCAGUGUGCUCAGGAGGGCCGCUUUACCGGCCACCCGCACUAUUCAGAACAGUCAGUGCCUUGUAGACACGCGUGAAAUCAGGCAGGGCCCAGGGCCAGAAUCCUCCCCCCGUGGCCUCCGGGAGCUGGUCGAUCACCUACUUGAUGUUAAACAGAGUGUUUUAUUUCACACGAGUCUCUCUCUCCAUCUAUCUCUGUCUCCCAUGCCAACAUGACAACCAGACAGAUGGUAACCCAGUCUACCAUACCUCAAGACAUGUUGAUAUCCAAAGGGCGGCUUCCCACCGUAAGGAACAUGCAGAUAUCCAACAGGCGGCUUCCCACCAUGAACUACUGCUACCCACAUGCGCUGCGUCCGCAACGCCCCCAAAGCUUAUAACCACCGUAGAGAGUAAUCAGCUUGUUCUCAGAGAGGUUGGAACUUGGUAAUACUCAAGAAAAACGACAGCGGUGUUUGUGAAAUACCCAUUCGCGGCGAUAUCGCGCAGGAAUAAUGCCACACCAUUUCGUUGGUUAACGCAUGUUCAUCAACCUCACAUACGAAGAGUAGAACGCUCGCAUUCAACAGUGAAUGGCACGCAACGCUUUACAUGACUACGACACGCAAGUGACGGACGACCAUACUAAAUAGGCAAAGGCCGCACGCAAAAGAAGAAAACGUUUGCAGUGACGACCAACACACCGCAAAAAAAAUAAAUGGUGCAUUUAAGGCUUGAGCUUAAGCUUCUCAGGUCAAAUCCCACCCUCCGUCACGACCGCGUCACCGUAAUCGCUCCUGUCGUCGCCGCUCCUAUUCACGGUGCCGCUGCUCCGUUCGCGAGUGCGUGCGUCCUGGCUACUCGCCGGCGCCGCGAAAAAUACAUGACUGCGGGCUGAACCCCCUCUUGCCG